AUGCGCAUGACAAUCCAAGAGAAAAAAAUGAUGCCCUCUGAAGUAAUAUUGGUAAGCCUAGCGUGCUCAAACCUCAUGCAUGUUUUAUCUGUAGGGCUCCCACAUUCUUUGCACCAUUUUGGAGAAAUAUAUUUUUACAAAGACUUUGACUGCAAAAUUGAUGUCUAUUUAAUGAGGGUAUCCAGAGUUAUGAUUAUUGGUUUAACCUGCUUGCUCAGUUGUUUUCAAUGUGUAACUCUGGCAUCCUUGAAUCCACAGUGGGCAACAUUAAAACACAAAAUGCAAAAAUAUCUAAUCCUGUUAAUCAUUAUUAUCUGUGUAAUAAGUGUGAUAUCCAGCAUAAAUACAGCCUUGUAUGCUGUUACUGAACGGAAUGCAACAGAUUUAAAAUACACUUUUAAUCUUGGCUAUUGCUUGGUAGUCUACCCUGAUCGCCUUGUACUCGAACUGACUGGUUUUAUUUCAUUUGCUCGUGAUGUAGCAUUUGUUGUUCUCAUGGCUCUCGCUAGUGCCCACAUUCUUCUAAUUCUACACAGACAUGGAAAGCAGAUGAAAGGAAAGAGGAGUUCAGAUCGGAGUCAAGAAGCUGGAGUUGAGCAGCAGGCAUCCAAGAUGGUGGUAGCUUUUGUUGUAACAUACGUGUCUCUGUUUGGAAUUGAAACUACCAUUUGGUUUUAUCAGAUCUCAGUUUCAAAGCAAGGUGACCUUUCCUUAAAUGAUUCCCGUUAUUUCUUAUCUUUUUGUUUUUCCUCACUUUUUCCCAUGAUUCUAAUUGCCUAUAAUCAAAAACUUAGACAGAGAAUAAUGUGCUGCAAACUUUAA